UGAAGCGAUAGAGAUUGAGAUUUUGAGCACAAAAAGAACAGAAAACAAAAAGCCAGUUGAAAAAGCGGAGAAGAGAGAAAACGGUGAACUUCCUUGGCAGCAAACACAAUUGGUUUCUCUUCUUAGAUUUUUUUUUUCUCUUUUACUUUUCUCUAUCGAUUCUUUACAGUAAAGAAAUUCAAAUCUGAAGUUUCAACAUUUUAUUCGCCGGAAACUAUGGUGAAUUGCCAAACGGCUGGCUAUCUCGUCGGAAUAUUGUUUAUUUUUUAGAUUUAAUCGAAAAGUAUAUUAUGGAGAGAAACAGAGAAGCAAGAAGAUCGAACCUUGCUCCGUCAAAUGGAUUGCCUAGACGUCGUCAAAGAAGCAAUAAUCUCCGAGAUUCAUCUGAAGAUGGAGAGAUAGAGAUGCAAGAAACGGUGAGGUUAAGAGAGAAUGCGAGCAAAAGAGAAAGAGACCAAAAUUUGUUGAAUCGGAGCAAGCGUAGGCGAGCAGAUAAGGUGGUUUUACAAGAAAGCAAUAACAGAGAAGACGGAGAAGAAAGUACGGAGGAGAGUUCUGGUGAAGAAGAAGACUACGAAACUGAGCAGCUCAGUAACCGUAAAAUCUCGUCUUCAGCUAGAGUUCCCAGACAAAUACCCCCUUUGAAGGCGACCGAUGAGAUGAUUAGUUUUCCAGUACCCCGAAAAGCUCGCUCAGCAUCAGUGAAAAGGUCACAUGAGAAUUGGGUGGCUGGAAAUGGUGGUUUCGUGGAGGAACAAAACCAUCGGCGAGCUUCGAUUUCGCCGGCUAGUCGGAGCGUUGAGUCUGACCGAAUUUCACCGUCUUCAUCAAAUGGUUCUGUUAGGAAGAAGAUGAAGACAAAUGGACCUAAGACUCGGCUUCCAAAGGCGACCAAGUCCUCUGUCCAGGAGGAUAUCGAGAUUGAAAUCGCAGAGGUUCUGUACGGAUUGAAGAAGCAAUCGCAAAGCUCCAAGAAGGAAGAUAGCGCUGGAAAUCCUUUGUCAAAGCUUGAAUCGGAAGAUGCAAAUGUUUUCUCUACUGAUAUCAAGAUCUCUGCUUCUCCUCAGAUUGCAAGCUCUGCACAGAGUCAAUCUCAGACAACGUUUUUGCCGGAUCCAUUGGUUGGCAUUGCUUCAAAGAAGAAACUCGAAGUUGAGGAUUCUCUAAUUCCAGUGAAAGUUGACAAUGAGCAACCGGCAAAAAUGGAAAUUUGUUCAUCAAAACAGGGUCAAAUAUCAGGAUUUAAUGCGGUACUUUCUGAGUCUAAUCUUGAUAAGGGUGCUGCUGAAACUGCAUCUGUGUUAAUGGAGUCACGGGAGAACGUGGUGACUAUUAAGCAGGGAGAUUCGAAACCAUCCGUUGAAGAACCAAAUUCCGUAGAUAGAGCUGUGACCAGGGAAAAGUCUGUUUCGACUGAAAAGGAAUCCGCUAAAUUGGAUGUUAAUUUUCAGGAUUCCACUGUGACGAAAGUAAUAUCGACCAUGACAAAAGCGGAGAGCCAACGUGAAGAGAAGUUCAAGAUCGAUUUGAUGGCUCCUCCUCCUAUGGCAUCAUCCCCGGAAAGGGAUAGCCCUAUGGAUAUCACAUCGGAUCCUAACUACAAGGUUCUGGACAUAGAGUCGAAGGUAGAGACUUUGUCCAAGGAUGAAAAAAAGGUUGUGAAGAAAGAAAUGAGAGCAGAAGAUAGUAAAAACAUGAAGAUGGAUGCAAUUAAGGAGAAGCGAGAUUCAUUGAACCUUGAUUUGGAGAAGCUGCAUCAAGACAGUUCUAGUCAUUGCUGUAAAUUUGAACAUGGUCAAAAACAACAUCUCUCUAAAGUUGGCACUCCAAAAGUGGAGAAAACCUUCCAAUCUAGUUCAGUGUCUGUGCCAAUCACCCUUGCUGGCUGGCCAAAUGCUCUGCCACCACUGGGCAGGUAUAUGCCUCCCUUCCAGACAAUUGCGCCCAUGGACGGAAGUGCCAUAUCAUCCACAGCAUUACAGCCUCCUCAUUUCCUUCUUUCUCAACCUCAGCCUAAAAGAUGUGCCAUGCAUCGUUACAUUGCUUGCAACAUACAAUUACACCAGCAGUUCACAAAAAUGAACCAUUUUUUUCCAGCAGCGACUGGUUCUGCAUCUCUAUGUGGGGCCAAGCCCAACAAUCUCAGUGUGGCGCCAUCUGCAGAAAAUUUGAUUCUUGAAAAUCCGUUGCUAAGAAGCUUCCCAGUUGUUAAUCUAAAUCCUACAGAGGAGAAAGGUAUGGUUGCAGUGGGCUCCCCGGGUAAGGCCAGGAAAGAUAAAAGCUCUGACUGCACCAAUUUCAUGGCCACGGCACAGAGAAAGCAGGUUAUGGUUGAACAGGCUUCCCAACCAGCACCUGCUGGUAACUUGAUGAAUGGCCCUGCUUUCAUAUUCCCUUUGAGCCAGCACCAAGCAACUGCAAAUAAGUCUGGGCCUUCUAAAUCUGCUACCUCAACUAACAAAGCAUCAUUGACUAAUAAUUCAACACCUGGAAUUUUGACUAGCUCUACAGCGCUACCGGGAGUAGCAGCAGCCGUGAGCUUUAAUUACCCAAAUUUGGGUGCUAAUGAAGCUCCGUACUUGACCAUAUUACAGAACAAUGGUUACCCUUUUGCUAUUUCUGCUCCUGUUGGAAACCCAUCAUCAAUUAGAGGAGGAACCCCUACUCAAGCGUUGCCUUUCUUUAAUGGAUCUUUCUAUUCCUCUCAGAUGUUCCAUCCUCAACUUCAACAGCAGCAAGCUCACUCGCAUUCGCUGGUUCAACCAGCUUAUCAGAACACAGUCACAUCAAGUGGCUCAUCAUCAUCCCACAAGCAACCAGAAAGUCAGCAGCCACGGGGUGGACAAGUCAGUGGCAAUAAUUUUUUGAGCUCAACAAGCAUGCAUUCACAGCAAUUGCAGAAGUAUAAUAUGCUUCCAUCCAAUCAAUCUCGUAAAAUGGAACCUGAGAUGAAUGGGGAGAAUACAACUGCAAACACCCAGAAAAGUGUUUAUGGCCAGAACCCAGCACUUCCUCAUCAGCCGCUUAACUUUGCCUUGGUACCUUCUGCAACGGUGGGUGGUGGUGGUGUAAAUGGAAAUCACAGCGAGGAGCAGCUUUCACAACAGAAAAAUUUGAAGGGUGGAGUUGAUCUCGUCCCUCAACAGGCAUUUGCCAUGUCAUUUGCCUCUUUCACUGGAAACAACAUAGCUUCAAAUCUUAACUUCUCAUCAAUGGCACAAAACCCCAAUAUCUUUCAUAGCCUACCUGAUAUGGCUCGUCAAGGAUACCAGUUUACACCUGUACCACAAGCUGCACAGCAGAAGAAUCACCAAAUAUCUGACGGGAAGAAUGGAGCUGGUUCAACCAAUCUGGAUGAUGGAAAAAAGGUAAGUUCGGGGAAGUCACAUAAAACAAACUCUCAGACAUAUGUUUUUGACAAUUCAGCUAGAUCUUUGAACUUUGUAUCCUCUCCUGUCACUGGAAAUUGGCCUUCUCGCUCCAUCACCUCCACUACAGUAACCAUAAAUCCUCCCAUUGUUGCUAAUUCAUCAAAUUCCCAACAACAGCUGCUUCAACUUCAGAAGCAGCACGUGGUGCAACAACAUCAGCAGCAAUCUCGAAGCAAAACUGAGACUACCAACACCAUGCCUGCAUCUUCCAUUGCUGCUAUAUUCCCACAAACUGUGCCUCAAAACACCACUGCUGCACAAUCAACCCUGUGGAAAAACUCAGCUAGAACCCCAGCAUCUCCAGCUGCCAAUGUCUCGGCCGUUAAAAAUUUUCCCCAGCAACCAUCGAGGCCUCCACAAGGCCAAACACAGAUAUCAUUUGGGGUAAAUAACAAGCCCUGCUUAUCGCCACAGGGACAAGAAAUACCUACGAGCGGUCAGUCUGCGUCGCCUAUGAUUGUUGGGUCUCCACCAAGCAGUGGCAACUUGAGAACAAGUUCAACGAGCAGCAAAGUUGGCUCAUCAGUUCCUACACUGCAAUCACAACAGAGCGAGAAUUCUUCUGCUGGUAAUGGCCAGAAAUCCUCUCCGGUGUGUGGAAGGAACGUGCCUUCAAUCUUGAGCACAUGCCCUAGCCACCUUUCGGAACUCAAGUAUUGAAAUUUAGACGCAAUUUAAUAUAUUGCCCUCUCACUGCCUGCCUUAGUGAAUUUGAAGGGAAAUGCGCAGGACACGUUACAACGAUUUUGAGGGGAUUAAGCUUUUCAUGUCAAGUGAAAGGCACGUGGGUUCUUGUUUUGCCGGAGGAACUAAAGAUUUUGAUCAUUUUUGGCAGAUUCAUCAGAGGAGCAAAGAAAAGAAGCUUAAGCAUUGGAUGUGAAAUGCAGUUGGCUGGACUUGGACGAUAAUAUUCAUUGCAAGUCAGACUUGUUCCGACAAGGCAGCCCCGGAUUGAUGCUAAGACCAAAAUGCAUGUGGAGUUGCGGCCACCAAGCAUCACAAUUACAUCGGCAUAUGUGAGUUGGCGGGGCUGGGGUCAUUGGUGAAGAAGACAGGAUAAUGUUCAAAGGAGGUUGGGGCUAUAGUUAAUCCGACAGUUUUGAAGUUUGAACCAAGGUGGGGACCUACCAAUACCAUAUUUCAGGGCUUAUGGUUGGUUGUCCUAUUUAAGUCUAUUAGGUCUAAGUGAUGCUGACGUGUAAUAGGAUAAUCAUUUGCAAAGAAAACAAUAUUCCUGGUUUCAUAAACUAUUUUAUUUGAAAUUAAUCUUGCCCAUUUGGCUAUUUGCCCUA